AUGUUUAAAGCUAAGAAUCGUUUUGCAGACGCUGUUGUGAUGGGCGAUGAAGCCAUUAUGGCUCCAAAGGCUCAUGGAACCUCAAACGUCCCUGUUCAGUCGAAAUUACGUUGGGGCUGUGACACAGAUACAGCCGACCGCAUUUGCAACUUUAACAGGCACUACGCAGAACACAGUGGAUACUUUGAGAAGACUUCGUUCGUGAAGGACGCGAGCGCUACCUCUGGAGAAAUCAAUUUUUACGACUCCAAUACAGGCAAGCUUUUGUUUACCGCCCCCAAAGCAUUUCUGAUCGCUAUCUUAAUUUAUCUUUCAGAGCGUACGAUGGAGGAGUUCUUAGUCGAGAGUCGUGCGCACGGCUGGCCGAGCUUUCGUGACGAAGAAGUAAACUGGGAGUUUGUUCGCUGUUUGCCGAAUGGCGAAGUGGUGAGUGUGGACGGAACCCAUCUCGGACACAACCUGCCUGACGGGAAAGGAUCCCGGCACUGCAUCAAUCUUGUUUGUGUCGCUGGACACCCUGCCGAAAACUAG